CUGGUGUGUUCACCAUGUUAACUAAUCAUUUGUUACCGUAGGUUUUUGUCGUACUACAAGGUGAGGUCAAAAUCAUCUAUCAAUGGUAAAAUGACCGCCACAUGAUAUUUUGCACCUAGGUAUAUAUUUGCACACCGGUUCCAUUUCGACUGUGACAAUGACCGCCUGGUACAUCGUCAUCAUCACUCGUUUAAUACCGACGACGAAUUGCUGCUGCGAAAAUGGUGCUGACUGAGGCAUCUUCUAGUACCUUCAACUAUUUUGCCUUCGGGAGUAAUCUUUUCCUGAAACGGAUUCGCAUGGAAAGCCCCAGUGCAGUGCGGAAAGGAAUAGGCUACCUGGAGGACUACAGGCUAGACUUUUUCCACUACGCUGCACGCUGGCGUGGCGCUCCUGCGACCGUAGUUGAGGACAAGGGGCACCGGGUGUGGGGAGCCAUCUGGCAAAUCAAUUUGGAAAAUCUACCGGACCUGGACAGACAGGAAGGGGUUCACAACCAGGUCUACAAGCCACUGACUUUGCCCAUUCGCACCCCAUCGGGAGAGGUGCUCCAGUGUCGCAUAUAUCAGCUGGUGAAGAAUCCCCCCAAGUUGGAAGGUACUGAAAGUGGUCGACCAUUUGAGCGGCAGCCGUCGAAAACGUACAUGAAUAUUAUUGUGCGAGGAGCGAUAGAAUCCGGGUUACCGGUGGAUUACGUAGAAAAGUUGAAAGAAGUCAAGCACAACGGACACUCUGGCGAUCCGCACUUCGAGAUAGAUUUGGCCGUGCAGGAUAAAUUGCCUUGAAAGAUGAAUGUGAUUUGUUUUAUUAUAUUGUAUUAAGUAGGUAAUUGGAUGCACAGCAACUGUAUAUGAGUGUAGUGGCUGCUACGCAUAGCGACAGUCAGAUCACAUAAUAAAUCUCAAUAUUAAAUGGUUUA